CGUGUUCUUGGAACAUCUUCCACCGCGAAGGCAAACGUGAGUUCUAGAAGAAGGUACUAGAAGGACAGCCACACUUUUUGUCGUAACAGGUUUUGGGCAUUACUCGGAUUGUCGUGCAAUAAAUUGGAUUUUUUGAACUCGCACGGGACCAGAACAGCAACUUGAAGUUGAACAACACAAGAAAAAUGAUGACCAACUCUAAUCAGCAAAAUGACGCAAAACUAAAAGCUAUAAUGACUACUUCUUCUUCACUUCCUCCGGUCUCAAAGCCCCCAGGUCCAGCACGUGUCGUGGGCGUCCUCGCAGUCCAGGGCGCCUUCGCAGAGCACGCUGCUAUGCUCAGGAAAUGCGCUCCGAUGUUUCACCCCUCUUUCGAAGUACGAUACGUAAAAACUGCUGAAGAUCUACUAGUUGGUACGGGGGAAGCUAACACCAAAGGUAGUCUACCUCAUCUAAUACAAGGCGAGUGGAUUUCAGCCUUGAUAAUACCUGGUGGCGAGAGCACGACGAUGAAAAUCAUGCUAGCCAACAUUCGUGAAGAGUUGCUGAAGUUUCGCGAUCAACGGCCAAUCUGGGGAACCUGUGCAGGCUGUAUUUUACUGGCAGAUUCAGUAUCUGGAGGCGGCGGGGGAUCAUCAUCUGGUGUUUCUGCGGAACAAGACGAAGUACUAGCUGACGCCGGACAGUCUAGUACGAGAACAUCACCGUGCAAAUAUGGUCCUUCUCUCGGAGGGUUGCCCAUUUCUGUCCAACGCAACUACUUUGGCAGACAAGUCGACUCUUUUACGGCGGCGCUUGAGUCCGAUCACCCUGCGUUCAAGGGUCAAGAGGGCGUCUUUAUUCGAGCACCAGCGAUAUUUUUGAAAGACAAAGAGCAAGAAGACCCUGUAGCUGAGCCAGACGCCAAAAAACGAAGAACCAUUACAUCAUCUUCUUCGCCCGGCGGCGGCGACGUUGAAGAGCUUGAAGUGCUCGCUAAAGUAACUAUCAAAAGCAGUUCUUUGCCAUCAUCAACAUCAAAUGAGAAUAUUAAGAAUAUGAAAGAUAAUACUGUUGUUGUUGCUUGCAGGAAAGGGCACUUGUUCGCUACUUGUUUCCAUCCUGAACUAGGGGAUGAAACCGACAUUCAUGAAUACUUUCUACGCGAAGUGGUCGGGUGGAAACAGACGGGAAAAUCGCAAAAAUAAAGAGUUUUUGAUCACAGGGCGGCAUUGGCUCUGUCACAUCCAAUUGCCAUCGACUUUUGAACCAAAUUAUUCGUUUAAAAAUAAAUGCAAUCUAUCACUCAAGGAAUGCAU